UGUAAGUGGUUAACUUCAGUUUGUUCUGUGACUUUACGCUGUCCAGUUCGGAUAACUUUCCCUUGUCGACUUUAUUCUAUACACGAUGAAGUGGGUAUUGAUAAUUGGAUUGUUGGGUUUCGUUGGAUGUGAGCAGCAUACCCUCAUCACGAAAAUGCCUCAAGUGACGCGUACGCAGCUCCACGUGGCGCGGAGCCUCAAUCCCGACGAAACGGAACAGAUGACAGUCAAGACGAGAACGGGCGAAGUGGCGACGCUCAUCGUCCGAAAGCGAGACGGGAAAAAAGUCGGCGACAUUGAACCUCCGCCGAAUCCGCAAAACGUGCCUAAGCCGAAGCGAAACGAGACGACCGCACGCGGGGCGAAAGAUGCCCGGGUCCCUCCGCCGGUCGACGUCCGUUCGACUCUCAUGUUCGUCAACAACGCCGACGAAAGCAAAAGGGGUCGGAAACUGGAGAUCGACCAGUCGGGGAUACCGGUCGUAACAGGCGUACGGGUGCCCGACGAUCCCGAAGACAAACAUAACGUCUGGAGAAACGCUAGGGUCAUCAACGGCGUGUUAGUUCCUUACGAAAAGAAGGAAAAACCACCUGUUGCGAAUGUACCUCCUGUUACAAAGGAGCCUCUAUCCAAUAUAGAGUGGCUCAAAAUGGAACCUAUAACCACCCCAGUAGGCAGUCCUUUACCUUCUGAGCCGAUUAAAUCUUGGGCGGUUCCUAAACCCACGUUCUAUGCUCAAGAGGCUAUUAAAGUUGUAGACUAUCCGCAGUCUCAAGAUUCCGAAGAAGACAAAUACGUAACUAAUAAAAUUUUGGAGUACAUCAAAUCUGUUAAUCAGCUGGAAGUCGACAGACAACAUUUGUGGGAUCGAGACACUAGAGGUUUCAGUAGGGGGUUGCGGGAGAAGCCGAGGAUCGAAGCCAGGGUGCUCCACACGCCCGGUGCGACCAUUUAUCCCACCUCACUGCUUUAUUCCCCUCCGAGCGCGCAAAACACUAGAGUGAACGUAGAAGAAGGGGUGAGGACUCCCGUACUCCAAUACGCCCACCCGGAACUUGGAGUCCAACCCGCCAGGUCAAAACCGUCUGAGGAGGAAAAUCUCCAUUUCGGCAGGGACCAAGCUAUGGCCUAUUUCGCUCAAGACAUCCACUCCGACAGGAGUCCGUACGCUUUCGAGCCCGGUUUGGAAGAGGAAGCUAGAGUCCACGUUUUGGCAGAGAAUAACAAGAGAUCGAAUUCGGGGACGUCGAGGCCGAAGAAGACCCUUUCUUACUUUUAUCAAAACCAAGCCAUCCCUCAGACCGACAAAUACUACGUCAACCAAAACCGUCACAAAGAUUCCUACAUCCGUUAUAAUGAAUACGUCGACAGGAGGCCUUUCUGGGAGAAGCUGGGCGACACGAUAAAGGAGCACGUCGAAUACGGUGUGGAGAAGGUGCAAGACAUCACCAGGCCCGUCAUGGAGCCCCUGGUAGAGGCGUCGCAUAAGAUAUCGCAAAAUUUGGGAUUUAACACGGGAACCAGGCAGCUGAGCACUUUUAAAGAGAAAUUGGGAGUUGCCGGUACGAACUCAAUGCUGCUGCCGGCUAUCGGUCUCGUCGCAGGAGGAGCAGCCUUGGGGUUGGGAGCUGUCGCCGUCGGGAGGUUCCUCGAUAUUGACAUGCUGAAAAGGAGCAAUGGCGGAACGCUGACUCCAGAACAGAUCGAACAGCUCACCCUUGAGCACAAACGAGCCCUCGAGUCCGUCCAAAACGGCAGGUUCUACAGACAAGAGAAAAGGUUGAAACGAUCCACCGAGGAGGACCUCCAGCAAGUCGGACACUACCCGCAAUCUGAAGGACUUGGGAUCGCCGAGGCCGCCUGGGGUAGUACGCCCUGCGCCAAGAGGGUCUUUUGUCAAGUCAUGACUUCCAGAUCAGAAGACGAUGUCACAUUGAUGGAAAAGAAAAUGUCUACUUUUCUCAACAUGUUGCACCCGAGUAUGGCCGGAGCUGUGAGUUACCAUUUGGACGACGUCAUGGAUGCCAUUAGACGUAAGGACUGUUCAGUGUUCCAAUGUCCUUCCGGCCACAGCUAGAUCACCGGCUAAGACUCAAUAAUAAUAAUAAUAGGACGUUAUUUUUGUAAAACCAAGCCUGGGAUGUACAACUCUUUCUCGACUAUUUAUUUAUUGAAAAUUUUCACAGGCCCGAAUUCACUGAGACUUAGGCCUGAUCCUUUUCGGUCCUUAAGUUUCAGGAGAAUUCAGGUCCUCUUUCUUCUCAUCUCGUGCGUCCCUCGAUACGAUAACUGACUACUUUGUAAAUAUAGCAAUUGCAAGCCCCGGUUGAUUCCAUUUUUAUAUUGUAAAUAUUGUAGUUGGCUUAUUUUACAAGGCGAAUUAUUGUAAAUUAAGAACUUUAUUAUUUAUGUAUGCAAUGUGGUAAUA